AAUGUUAAUUUUCCUCCGUAGUGUUGCGAAACUGAAAAAUGUUAUGUGCAACACUACGACCCGAAAAAACAACACGGGAACAAAUCGCGCAAGGUAACGUAGGCGUGGCGAGCAAAAGCAAACAAUAACAAUGCCGUUGCCAACAACCGUUUCGCCUUUUUCUUCUUUCUCGGGCAUCUUUUUAUCCACCGUUACUGCGCGCUCUUCACUCCCGCCAAAACGCAACGUCUCUGCUUUUUCGAUUCUCUCUCGCAGGGACAUUGCUCUGCUUUCCUUCCUCUCUCUCUCUGCACCUGCCUCCGCCUCCGCCAUUGACAUUGGCAUCUCAGGACCGAAGAAUUGGCUGAAAGAGCAAAAGAAGAAAGCAUCCAAGUUCCUAUUGGCCCCCGUCGAUGCCUCUCGCGAAACCCUUCGUUCUGCUUAUCUCUCACUCACGGAACCCGACGCUGCUUAUACGGAUGAGGAUUUGCAGAGAUUUCAGCAGCUCUUUAGAUCUGCUGCCAGGGAUUGCGUCCCACAGGAUAGAAAUUCUUUCGUCACUUUCCAAGCCAAAACCGGAGUAGAGGUGUGCACGUUUCGGUUGAUUGUGAAGAAUGCAGCCUCCUUGCUUGGAAAUAAGGAUCCUGUAAAGUUGAAAGCGGAAGCUUUGCUAGAUAAUCUUAUAAGAUCUUUCACCUCUAUCAGUGGGCUGGCAAGCGAAACCAACAUUCAACUUGCAUCAGAUAGAAGAAAGAUGGCCAAUGCUGUAUCGGAUACCAUAUCUUCUCUUGACAAAUUUGAGCAGGGAAUCAGGGACUGCCUUGAAAUCUGAUUGUAAAGGAUAGCCUCCUACUUUUUAAUGGGGAAAGUUAAAAUCGUGAAAACUAUUGGUGCAAGCAUCAGUUUUCUGCCAUCAUCUGUGUGCUGACUGCUGAAAAUAACAAUAUUUUUUUUGCCCUAGUUAAGCUACUUACUAGUUCUCUCAAUCUAAAAUCUGUAAGCACUCUUUCAAUACAUAUCUGCUAUGCUUUUUGAUGCAUUAAUUCAUCUGAUUCGUUUUGUAGAGGAAACACGUUUUUUACAGCUUUAUGCUUUCUAUAUUAAUGAGUAUUGUCAUAAUUUCAAUUACUGAUAAUGUAAUAAAUUCUAGUCAUUUCUUUAAUAAGGGUAUAUGCUAGAAAGUUCUGAAAUCACUUUCUUAAAAUCAGCCAAAAGAUAUGUAAAUUUUAUGUUUUUCCUAAUUUGCUUUUGCUUGUUUGGACUGUGUGAAGAAUG